UACUGCUGCAAUCCAAGAGUAUUCAUACAGGUAGGAGACGAGCAGUCCGUCGAGAUCCGGGCGUCACUCACUCCGCUGGGGCCAUGAAGAGAAGGCUUCAGAAAAAAUACAUCAUCUUGAUUCUAGGAUACUCCGUGGCGCUGAUUUUAAUUCCCUACGUGUUAGAUUACCGGAGCAAAUCGUCUCACAUUAAAGAUGGAUAUCAGCAACAAAAGUGUCCCGAUCUGGAGAGCACCAUCGCCCUGUGGAGUAGCACCAGGGCGGGCAACUCAACGGAGGUGGAGGACUAUGGCAACAGGAGUCAGUCCAGAACACACAUAUACCUCCACGCAACCUGGAGGACAGGUUCCUCGUUUUUAGGGGAAUUAUUUAAUCAGCACCCUGAUGUGUUUUAUUUAUACGAGCCCAUGUGGAACAUGUGGCAGGCACUUUAUCCAGGAGAUGCGGGCAGCUUACAAGGAGCAGUGAGAGACAUGAUGAACUCUCUGUUUAGAUGCGAUUUCUCAGUGUUAAAACUCUACGCAGGCUCGUCCAACGUGAGCACCUCGUUUAUUUUCGGCUGGAAAACGAACAAGGUCAUUUGCUCCGAGCCUCUCUGCAAAGCGUAUAAAAAACACGAAAUUGGGUUAGUUCAAGGAGACGUGUGUAGCAAAUGCCAGCCCAGAGAUCUCAAAGAGCUGGAGAAAGAGUGCAAAAAGUACCCCGUGAUGGUCAUCAAAGACGUGCGGGUUUUAGAUCUCGCGGUUUUGGUUCCUCUCAUGCGAGAUCCCGCCAUCAACCUCCAGAUAGUCCAGUUGUUUCGCGACCCCAGGGCUGUGCACAAUUCUCGGAUGAAGUCCAAACUGGCUCUGGUGAAGGAGAGCAUACAGGUGCUGAGGAGCAAGAAGCAGAGCGACAAAUACAAGCGCCUUCUGGUGCCUAGCAACAGGGUCCACCGAGCCGAGAACUAUGUCUCCAGCGCAAUGGAGUUAAUAUGCGACAACUGGCUCAACGACAUGUUGCUCGUUAUGAACGCUCCGCAGUGGGUGAGGAGAAACUACAUACAGCUGAAAUACGAAGACCUGGUGCUCAGACCUGUGGACGAGCUCCAGAGGCUCUAUCGUUUCGCCAACCUCACCCUUUCUCCAGCCAUGGAGAAGUUCGUGGUGAACAUGACCCACGGACAGGGCUAUUCUUCAGAUAAACCCUUCCUCAUAUCAUCCAGAGAUGCCAAAGAGGCAAUUUACGCCUGGAGGGAAAGGCUGAAUGUGGAGCAGGUGAACCAGGUCGAAGCCUACUGCAGUGAGGUCAUGAGACACCUGGGUUAUCAGAAGAGGAACAUGGACAAGACCUAAAACCACCCAAACAUGAGUGUAUGGAGCCUGAUGUGCUGUAGGAACAGGAGAACAGAAGGGGAAAAGCCAGAUAUGAAGCUACACCAGUAGGAGCUGAGGAGAAACAACCCGAGAUCUCCUUCGCAGUGCCGGCAUGGGGCACAGAGUAGGCGACAGAAGAGUUUGAUAAGAGACACUUACAAACCCACCGAUCUCAAAUGAUACUGACAAGAGUCAUGUAGGAAAAAGACUAACAAUAACAGUGGGGAAACCCGUUCAAAAUGAAACGGCUAUCAAGGCUCAGUCCCGGUUGUGUCCUGACAGCCAGAUUUCAUCCGCAAUAAUCCCUGCCCAAUCCCCAGCAGCCCAUAAUCAGCCACACGAGACAGGCGCUUGGGUCAUUGCACAUGCACUAGGCCUGGAGACAGAUAUCCCGUUGAGUGUUCUCAGUUCAUUGGGUGGAUUUCAUUAUGAAAACAUUCCUAGGCAUUCUUGCAUUCAUCUACCACGUAUGAAAAGGGAUUAUGCAUCAUUGACACUCCAAUAUCUGUGGUACCACCCAAAGAAAACUGUG